UGACUUCCGGCUUGCUGAAGAAAGUUGAGCUGGGGAGGUUUGCUGGCUCCUGGGUUUUGCAAAAUGGAUAGCCAGGGAAGGAAAGUGGUGGUUUGUGACAAUGGAACCGGGUUUGUGAAGUGUGGCUAUGCAGGCUCCAACUUCCCCGAGCACAUCUUCCCUGCCUUGGUGGGCAGGCCAAUCAUUCGCUCCACAGCCAAAGUGGGCAACAUUGAGAUUAAGGACCUGAUGGUGGGCGACGAGGCCAGCGAGCUGCGCUCCAUGCUGGAGGUGAACUACCCCAUGGAGAACGGCAUCGUGAGGAACUGGGACGACAUGAAGCACCUGUGGGACUACACCUUCGGGCCUGAGAAGCUCAACAUCGACUCCAGGAACUGCAAGAUCCUGCUCACCGAGCCGCCCAUGAACCCCACCAAGAACCGAGAGAAGAUCAUGGAGGUGAUGUUUGAGACGUAUCAGUUCUCAGGGGUCUACAUUGCUAUCCAGGCUGUGCUGACGCUCUACGCCCAAGGCCUGCUGACAGGUGUUGUGGUGGACUCGGGGGACGGUGUGACACACAUCUGUCCGGUGUACGAGGGCUUCAGCUUGCCCCAUCUGACACGACGCCUGGACAUCGCUGGGAGGGACAUAACGCGCUACCUCAUUAAGCUGUUGCUGCUGAGGGGCUAUGCGUUCAACCACUCUGCAGACUUUGAGACGGUGCGUAUGAUGAAGGAGAAGCUGUGCUACGUGGGUUACAACAUCCAACAGGAGCAGAAACUGGCUCUGGAGACCACCGUGCUGGUCGAGUCCUACCAGCUCCCAGACGGCAGGGUGAUCAAGGUGGGAGGGGAGCGUUUCGAGGCUCCAGAGGCUUUGUUCCAGCCACAUCUCAUUAACGUAGAGGGAGUCGGGGUGGCAGAGCUGCUCUUCAACACUAUCCAUGCAGCAGACAUCGACACCAGGUCUGAGUUCUAUAAACACAUAGUGUUGUCGGGUGGUUCCACCAUGUAUCCAGGUCUUCCAUCUCGACUAGAGAGAGAGCUCAAACAGCUCUACCUGGAACGCGUGCUGAAAGGCGACGUGGACAAACUCUCGAAAUUUAAGAUCCGCAUCGAGGACCCGCCGCGGCGUAAGCACAUGGUGUUCCUGGGUGGGGCCGUGCUGGCGGACAUCAUGAAGGACAAAGAUAACUUCUGGCUGACCAGGGAGGAGUACCAGGAGAAAGGUGUCAGGGUGCUGGAGAAACUGGGAGUCACUGUCAGAUAAAGACCUCUACAAUGUUAAAGACCACACACACACACACACACACACACACACACACACACACACACACACACACACACACACACACACACACACACACACACACACACACACACACACACAAUCAAACAUAUAAAUAUCCAUAUAUUCACACAAACACUGAAGGGUCAUCAUAGAGAAGCACUAGAAUGGUGUAUGUGUAAAACACACAGACACACCCGGUUUCCUCCGCCAUGGCAGACUAGAUAUCUAUUCAUCCUUCUUCCUCCUCUAUACAACAGAAUCACGGCAUCACCGUAGGGAGUGAUGACUCCAGCCCUCCUUCUCUCCUCCUGAUGGCCUAGUAUAGUUUAGCUCAGGGUUGGUAGGAGAGUCCAGGACACCACUCCUCCAGCCCUCCUCCUCUCCUCCUGUCGUCUGAAGGCCUAGUAUAGUUUAGCUCAGGGUUGGUAGGAGAGUUCAGGACACCACUCCUCCAGCCCUCCUCCUCUCCUCCUGUCGUCUGAAGGCCUAGUAUAGUUUAGCUCAGGGUUGGUAGUAGAGUCCAGGACACCACUCCUCCAGCCCUCCUCCUCUCCUCCUGUCGUCUGAAGGCCUAGUAUAGUUUAGCUCAGGGUUGGUAGGAGAGUUCAGGACACCACUCCUCCAGCCCUCCUCCUCUCCUCCUGUCGUCUGAAGGCCUAGUAUAGUUUAGCUCAGGGUUGGUAGGAGAGUUCAGGACACCACUCCUCCAGCCCUCCUCCUCUCCUCCUGUCGUCUGAUGGCCUAGUAUAGUUUAGCUCAGGGUUGGUAGGAGAGUUCAGGACACCACUCCUCCAGCCCUCCUCCUCUCCUCCUGUCGUCUGAUGGCCUAGUAUAGUUUAGCUCAGGGUUGGUAGGAGAGUUCAGGACACCACUCCUCCAGCCCUCCUCCUCUCCUCCAGUCGUCUGAAGGCCUAGUAUAGUUUAGCUCAGGGUUGGUAGGAGAGUUCAGGACACCACUCCUCCAGCCCUCCUCCUGUCGUCUGAAGGCAUAGUAUAGUUUAGCUCAGGGUUGGUAGAGUUCACGGUGGAUAUCAAGUCUCCUGAAGAAAGAAAUUCACAUUUUCACAACACGGUGAAAGCAAUAUGGUGGAAAGUUAGUCAAGGACUCUAUUUCCACACUAUGCUUUUUCUUUCAGACUUUAAUCUUAAUGCAGACGAGGAGACGAGGAGAACAACGUUAGACUAUUGAGACCCACCCCUAGAACAGUUAAACCUCUCGUCUCCUUACCAAUCACUUCAAACUUCCCUGUCCUCUUCAUAAAGGAGGAGCUAGAAGAUGUCCCUAAUUGCUGAUGCAGGGUCAGAUGUUAUAAAGGAGGAGCUAGAAGCUGUCCCUAAUCGCUGAUGCAGGGUCAGAUGUUAUCGUAAAGGAGGAGCUAGAAGCUGUCCCUAAUCGCUGAUGCAGGGUCAGAUAUUAUCAUAAAGGAGGAGCUAGAAGCUGUCCCUAAUCGCUGAUGCAGGGUCAGAUAUUAUCAUAAAGGAGGAGCUAGAAGCUGUCCCUAAUCGCUGAUGCAGGGUCAGAUGUUAUCUCAUUUCCUAAAUGGUUAAAGGGAUGUGUGAGAUUUUGGCAAUUAAGGCCUUUUUUCUACUUACCCCAGAGUCAGAUGAAUUUAUGGACACCAAAACAGGCUGAAAUUUCAGGCAGUCUUUUCAAACAGCUCUGACAUUAAAGGGGCAUUAUCAUCACUUUAACAAUUUCACAGUAUUAUUCCAACCUCAUAGUGUGGAAAUAGGUUAUAUAAAAAAACAAGUAAAUCACUUUUUUUUUGACUGCACUGGUCCUUUAAGGUCAGGGUACGGUUAGUGUUGACUGAUCCUGUAUCUGUGGUUAUUUAGAGGCAACCUACCAUCAGCUUUCUAGGACGUCACAAUCAGGAGGUAUCUCAAACAGGCAUUGGCCAGUCCAGUAUAUACACAAACCAUUAUUCAUUGAGGACUGAUCAUGUUUUUCUAUGGUGUUUUGUAUAUCAUGAUUUAUUCAUUUCUCUUUUUGGGAGAGGGAUGUCUUGAUUCUUCUGUUGGAUGUAUACAGAUCCUCUUUACCUUAAAACAUUAUUUUUUUUUUUACAUAAUUUUUCUUUUUUGUGUUGCACGACCAUUUUAAAAUGGAGUAUAUGCCAUAUGAAAAUUCCUCCUUGUUUUUAAUGAAGAAUUGAUGAUGAUGAUGAGGAUAGUGAAGAUGAUUAUAAGGGCCAUGACCCCUGACCUUAGUGACGGUAGUGGGGUUCAGGAGUGGGGUUGUGUGAGGGUCAUGAUAUAAAAACAUGGUUCAAUCUGAAAGUUGUACUAUUAGGUCAGUUCCAGUCGAGCUGGAAUGACGUGGUUAUAUGCCACAUCAUCGACUUCACAGUCGGGUAUCAGUCGGGUAUUGCUACAUCUUAUGGUAACUGUUUCCCAGACACAGAUAUGUCCUGGACUAAACAUUCUGGAUGGAGGUUUUUAAUUGGAGUACAUUAUGAAUCCAGUACCAGGUUGAAUCUGUCCGGUUAACUGGAUCUAGAUCUGGAUCUAGAUGUGGUUAGCUGAUAUGUUAAACACGUUGAGGUCUGGCAGGCCACUGAAGCGUAAUCAGCUUGGAACAUGUCUGAGACGUAGUAAAAAGCUGGUAUUUAAGUUCACUAGUCCGGCUCUCACCACCACAACAUGAUGUAUAUUGGAGGCACUUCUCCCCCCCCCCCCCCCCCCCCCCGAGCCUAAUAUAAUAUGUGUUUUCAUAAAUGUUCUAUCCAGUGCCAAGAGCAGUGGUUGUUAUCUGGAGCUUUCAUGUUUUUAUUUGACGUUUCUGUCCUGUCUUUUUUUUGUUUUUAUUUUCUUAUUGUUCAUAGUGUAACUGCCUAACGUCGCUGAUUUAAAUAAAGUAAAUUGAUUUAUAAUUAA